GCCCAUCCCACCGUGUCCAUCUCGCUGGUGCCCUCGAGCUCCCAGCCCAGCCCCGGCCGCCUGCUCUGCUCCGUGAUGGAUUUCUACCCUGCCCACAUCCAGCUGAGGUGGUUCCAGGGCCAGCAGGAGCUCUCUGUGCUGGCCACCGAUGUGGUUCCCAGUGGGGACUGGAGCCACCAGCUGCUGGUGCUGCUGGAAACUGCCCCCAGUGGGGUCACCUGCAGCUGCCAGGUGGAGCACGUCAAGAUGCCACUGGACACCACCCACAGCGAGAUGCUGACUGGGAUUGGGGGCUCCGUGUUGGGCUUCAUGUUCCUGGCACUGGGGCUCAGCUUCUACCUGUGCAAAAAGAGCUCCUGA